UUCCAAAAAAAAAAAUCAUUUGUUGUAAUUUUUACAACGAACAAUUUUUUUCCGUCAAAUCAAAGUGACCCUAAUCCAGCACCAGCUUACGAAGAUUAGCACCUUCUGCUCCUUAUCGAUCGUCGAAGUAAUCAAGCGUUCCUCUGAUUUUCUGUUCCAGACAUAAAAUUUGCAAAUUUUCACUGAGGAAAAGGAGUAAGGAACAAACUUAUUUGGCGAAGAUAAGAAAAUGUCAGUGGAACCUCCUCCUUUCCAAGAAUCAGCGCGAUGUGAUGUCUGCAAUUGCAGCUUCAACACCUUCAGGAGACGGCACCACUGUCGAUGCUGUGGGAGAACAUUGUGCCAUGAACAUUCAUCAAAUCAAAUGGCUUUACCACAGUUUGGCAUUUACUCAAAUGUUAGAGUAUGUGCUGAUUGUUUCAACAAUUCAGGAUCUGGGAAGCAUGACCCACAGCUUUCUUCGGAUGGAACAAAUAACAUUACAAAUGUAAUUUCCAAACUAGACAUCGACGCAGAUGUAAAUUCUAAGACAGCAUCAAGAGCAGAGAGUAAGGUUGCAUUAGACAUAAAAGAGUGUAAGUGUGGAAUGCCUCUUUGCAUUUGUGAAGCUCCAGCCCCUUCCUCUGAUGCACUGCCCCAGCAGAAGAAAAUCACUCCAGUCACAAACACCUCUCAAAACCCUAAACCAAAGAAGUCAGAUGUUGUUCCUAAAAGUAAAAGCUCCACAUCAAACAGCAAGUUUAGUUCUUUCAAUCUUGGUCACGUAUCCAGUGGUGCCUCUGAUGGUUCCCGGAUGGAGUAUGAAGCUACUGGAGGGGUUUGAGAGAAGCAAUAAAAA